CCCACUGUGGCCGCUCCGACGGCGAGGCAAGCAUGUUGCUGAAGCUGGUCACCCUGCUGCUGGCUGCCGAGCUGCACCUCGCUCUGUCCCAGCCGCCGGCACCUGCCGACGACGGAGCGCCGCCACCCCCCGUCGCCGCUGCCGCCCCGCCACCGCCCCGACCCUGGCCAGGCCCUCCCCCCGGGCCGCCUCGCCGCCCGUCGCCGCCUCGCUGGGCCAGCGGCGUCGUGAGGCGCCUCGACCCGACGUACGCGGGGGGCGGCAGGGCGGGAUACGUCCUCUACGCUGGGGGCCAGCGCUUCCUCCUCGACCUGGAGCGCGACGAGGCAGUGGGGGCGCGGGCGCCGCGGGCCGGCGGACCCGCGCGCUGCUACUACCGCGGCACAGUGGACGGCAGCCCGCGCUCCCUGGCUGUCUUCAACCUCUGUGGCGGCCUCGACGGCUUCUUCGCCGUGGGCCGCUCCCGCUACACCGUCAGACCGGCGCGGCGCGGCGGGGAGACGGACAGCCCACGGAUCUACGGGGAGGGCCCGGCCCGCGCCCCGCACUUCUUUCGUCGAGACCGAUUCAGCUUUGAGACGGUGCCGGCCCGUACCAGCUGCGAGACUCGCGACUUGGCCGGAGCGGCGGAGGUCGCGGCCGGGGCCAGCCGGCGGCGUAGACGUCGCUCCGUCUCCCGGGCCCGGCAGGUGGAGCUGCUGCUGGUAGCUGACGCCUCCAUGGUCCGCAAGUACGGGAAGGGGCUGCAGCACUACCUUCUCACCUUGGCCUCCAUCGCCUCCAGGCUGUAUGCCCACGCCAGCCUUGAGAACCACGUCCGUCUGGCCGUGGUGAAGGUGGUGGCCCUGGGAGAGAAAGAGAAAGGGCUGGAGGUCAACAGGAACGCCGCCACCACCCUCAAGAACUUUUGCAAGUGGCAGCACCAGCACAACCGCCUUGAUGAUGACCACGACGAGCACUAUGAUGCCGCCAUUCUCUUCACCCGCGAGGAUUUAUGUGGGCAUCAUUCAUGUGAUACUCUGGGAAUGGCAGACGUUGGGACCAUAUGCUCUCCUGAGCGCAGCUGUGCAGUGAUUGAAGAUGACGGCCUCCAUGCAGCUUUUACAGUGGCUCACGAAAUUGGGCAUUUGCUUGGGCUUUCUCAUGAUGACUCCAAAUUUUGUGAGGAGAACUUUGGUUCCAUGGAAGAUAAGCGCCUGAUGUCCUCCAUUCUGACUAGCAUUGAUGCUUCAAAACCCUGGUCCAAAUGCACUUCAGCAACUAUAACAGAAUUCUUUGAUGAUGGUCAUGGUAACUGUUUGCUGGACCAACCAAGAAAGCAGAUCCUGGGCCCCGAGGAGCUUCCAGGACAAACCUACGAUGCCAUUCGUCAGUGCAAACUGGCGUUUGGACCUGAAUACACGGUGUGUCCCGGGAUGGAUGUGUGCUCUCGCCUCUGGUGUGCAGUUGUGCGCCAAGGUCAGAUGGUUUGUCUGACUAAGAAACUGCCUGCUGUGGAGGGAACACCAUGUGGAAAAGGAAGGAUCUGCCUCCAGGGAAAAUGCGUUGACAAAACCAAGAAGAAAUACUACUCAGCUUCGAGCCAUGGUAACUGGGGGUCCUGGGGACCCUGGGGACAGUGCUCCCGUACCUGUGGUGGAGGAGUUCAGUUUGCUUAUCGACACUGCAAUAAUCCAGCUCCUAGAAAUAAUGGCCGGUACUGCACUGGCAAGAGGGCCAUCUACCGCUCGUGCAAUGUCACACCCUGCCCAGUCAAUGCUAAAUCUUUUCGACAAGAGCAGUGUGAAGCUAGGAAUGGCUAUCAGUCUGAUGCAAAGGGCGUCAAGACAUUUGUUGAAUGGGUCCCCAAGUACGCUGGAGUACUUCCCGGAGACGUUUGCAAGCUUACCUGCCGAGCCAAAGGAACUGGCUAUUAUGUGGUAUUUUCUCAGAAGGUAACUGAUGGUACUGAGUGUAGACCCUACAGUAAUUCAGUCUGCGUCCGGGGAAAAUGCAUAAGAACUGGUUGUGAUGGCAUCAUUGGUUCAAAGCUCCAGUAUGACAAAUGUGGAGUGUGUGGAGGAGACAAUUCCAGCUGCACAAAAGUCAUGGGAACUUUUACCAAAAGGAGCAAGGGCUACACAGAUGUAGUGAAGAUCCCAGAAGGGGCAACCCACAUCAAAGUUCGGCAGUUCAAGAAUAAGGACCAGAGCAGGUUCACUGCCUACCUGGCCCUGAAAAAGAAAAACGGUGAGUACCUUGUCAAUGGAAAAUACAUGAUCUCCACUUCAGAAACGAUCAUUGACAUCAAUGGGACUGUCAUGAACUACAGCGGCUGGAGUCACAAAGACGAUUUCUUGCAUGCAAUGGGACACUCUGCAACAAGAGAGGUUCUUAUUGUGCAGAUACUUGCGACGGAUCCAACUCAACCGGUGGACGUCCGCUAUAGUUUCUUCGUGCCAAAGAAGCAAGGGCAAAUGACUAACUCUGUCACUAGCAGUGGCAGCAGCAGCAGCAAAGUAACUCCAGAGCUCACACAACCCCGCUGGGUUACGGGGCCGUGGCUUUCUUGUUCUCGAACGUGCGACACAGGAUGGCACACCAGGACUGUCCAGUGCAAAGAUGGGCAUGGAAAAUUAGCUAAGGGAUGUCUUCUCUCUCAGAGACCAUCAGCAUUUAAACAGUGCUUGUUGAAAAAGUGUUAACCUGUGGUUGUGAUCUUCUUCUUAAAAAGAGGUUUUAUUAAGCCAUUGUUGACAUACUGGUAUUAGGUCUGCCCAGUCGGAGAGAAGCAAAGGCUUCAAUGUACUUAUCUACAGUCUCAAAUUAUGGGCAGAAUCUGCCUAUUUGGACCAAAUGAAGAUGUGCACUGCUUUCAGUAAUAGUAGGGUGAUCUUAAUAUGUCAAAACCCUAAGCAUUAAAGUUGUUAUAAGCCCUCUGUGUCUGCAAAAAAUAUAAAAUAAAAUAAUGCAAAAGAAGACAAACUAGUGAAUGGAGGAGCCUGGGAUAUCUGAAGGUUACAGAAUCAUCUCCCCUUCUUCACCUACCUCUAAUACAGUAUGUCCUUAGAAAACAUCACAUGUACCCAUGAUACUGUAGUAGCUUAUUUUAUGCUGUUUUGUAAAUAUCUUUCAUUUGGUAUGUCACUUUAUAUCACUUGGUUCUAUUAAAAAAAAUCAAAAGACACUAGAUAAGCAAAGUGAUUGACCAAAGUAUAUCUGCAGCUCUUCUGAGCUUGCUCCACUCUUCAGAAAGGGCUGCAGAUGUUUUACUGGAAAAUUAAGAGCUCGCUGCUGGUUUUAAGGUUUUGACAAAAGGAAUCAUUUUUAUGCUAGGAAUUUCCUGAAGCAGAUCUUUAUUCUUUGACAAAUACUGUGGUUUUCCACCAGUGAAUUCUCAGGAGCAUUGCAGCAGCUUGCAGACCAGGGAUCCCUGCAUGUACACUGCUCAAAUACCAGCACCAUCAGCGACUCCUCAGUAUGUGUGCCAGACAGACAAAGAAGGAGGAGCUGACUGCUAGAGGAAAUUUGUGUACACUUUGCUUAUAAACCUGCUAGUUCCAGCUGUGUCACAGCUUGGGGUCUUUGUUGUUGAUGAACAAUAGCUGCUAGCUUCUUUCCAUCAAACAAAGGCAUACUGUAUUUUGUAGAAACCAGUUAGAGAACCAAAAAAAAUUACAGGUAAGAUAAUUAAGUGUCUUCUAACUCAGAUAUUCUGAGGCUGUAUUCAGCUGCUUUCUCUGUUACUUUCUCUAUGGCUUCUGCCUUGACUCUUAACAAUGUGUAAUGUACCUACAUCUUCUGAAGAGGCUAUAAAGGUCAAAAAAACACAGCAAGCAGUUAACAUUUUUUAUCACUGUUUUGUCCAUCAUGUCUAACUCUGGUAUUCAUCUUACCAGCAAAAGUUUGUAACCAUUUGUCUUAUUUUUAUUGUUUCUGUGUGUUUGGGUUUUUUUUAA